GGCAUAAUAUACUUGAUUAAUAAAAAAUAAAUCAUAAUAUAACAAAUUCAAUGACUACAUGAACGUGAACAAGACCGUUAUUAAAUUGAGCGAUACAUUAGGUUUACUUGGAAACGUUGGAUUUAAAUUCACCUCACGCGUUACGUAAAGUUAUUUUGAUUUGACCGAUUUUGCAAAUAUCUAUGGAUUGUCGUGGCGAUGUACCAAUCGUUUUACGACUGUUUGACCUUUAAGUGUUCAGUAACCUGCAUCAAUGAACGAAGCCACUGGGUCGUUGCCGAAGUCAUCUGAUCGUGAGUCUAGGCUAAAAGCCAUUAAGUCAGCUGUCGGGAUUAUACCAGAUUUCCCAAAACAGGGCAUUAUUUUCUGGGACUUUUUUGGCGUUUUCAGAAACCCUGUUUUAACUCAAUAUCUAUUGGAUGAGUUAUAUUAUGUGGCUACAUCCGAGAUAGAGCGUAAAUUUACAAAAAUCAACGUUGUUGUGGGUCUCGAGUCACGUGGUUUUUUACUUGGACCAGCACUUGCCCUUCGUCUGAACUGUUCUUUCGUCCCUAUUCGGAAAGCAGGAAAACUCCCAGGUCCUUGUUUCUCUUAUAAAUACGAAUUGGAAUAUGGAAGUAGCGUUGUAGAAAUUCAAAAGGAUGUUCUCAAACCUGAUGAUAAUGUAGUUCUUUUUGAUGAUGUUUUGGCCACUGGUGGAAGCCUUGAAGCUGGUGUAAAAUUAAUAAACUUAUCUGGAGCUAGAAUCCUAUCCAGUUUGUUGUUUGUGGAACUGAAAGGUUUGGGUGGACGUAAAAGGAUAGAAGAUCUUGACGUACCUGUUCACACACUCUUUCAAGCUUAAACACUACUUCUGUAAAAAGUAUUCUUUCUUAAUUCCUCCCUUUCUACUAUUAAAUGUAGUUUAUUUUUCCGACUGACCUUAAGUACUGAAAUAUCGUCCUAUUAAAUAAUAGACUGUAGCUAGUUAUGCAAUGUCAUACUUCGAAAUACCUAGUUAAUAAAGUUCAAUUAUGAAUAUAGAUUCUUAUUUUAUCUCAUUGACUACUUAUCAUUUCUGACGUUAGCCAUUUGUUAAUUAUGUUAGCAUUGUCAAUAAACGUUACUUUUAUUGUA